GGAGAAGGGAAGAAAGGUGAGGCCAAGUGGAAAAUAGCAGACCAGCUUUCUUGGGAAUUGGGGAGGCAAGGAAGGAGUUCCUGCGUUUCUGAUAGUCUGAUGGCCAACACUCCCUGAGUUGGGCUAUUUAGAGAUCCUGGAAUUGUUGUUGCUGUACUAGAAGUCCCAGUUAGCCACAGAUCCAGAAUUGGCCUUUCCGUCUUUACGCCAGAGCAGACAAACACAAUCAGGUGUUUGUUUUGUUCUGCUAUUUUAAAUGAAGUCAAAAUGCCAGUAAGACCAGAUCUCCAGCAGUUGGAAAAAUGCAUCGAUGAUGCUUUAAGAAAAAAUGAUUUCAAACCCUUAAUAUCACUUCUACAAAUUGAUAUUUGUGAAGAUGUGAAGAUUAAAUGCAGCAAACAGUUUUUCAACAAGUUGGACAACCUUAUGUGCAGGGAACUUAAUAAAAAGGAUAUGCAAAGUGUUUCAACCAUUUUGAUUUCUGUUGGAAGAUGUGGCAAAAAUAUCCGUAUAUUGGGGCAAGCUGGAUUUCUAACUAUGUUAAAACAAGGACUAGUCCAAAAGAUGGUUGUCUGGUUUGAGAAAUCCAAGGAGAUUAUUCUAAAUCAAGGAAAUUCAAAAGAUGAAGCUGUCAUAAAUAUGAUAGAAGACUUCUUUGAUGUUUUGAUGGUCGUACAUGAUGUCAGUGAUGAAGGUAAAAGGCAAGUAGUGGAAAGUUUCAUACCUCGAAUUUGUGCCCUGGUUAUUGACUCAAGAGUGAAUAUUUGUAUUCAGCAGGAGACUCUAAAAAAAAUGAAUGCUAUGCUUGACAAAAUGCCUCAAGAUGCCAAGAAGAUCCUGUCUAAUCAAGAAAUGUUAAUUCUCAUGAGUAGUAUGGGGGAAAGGAUUUUAGAUGCUGGAGAUUAUGACUUACAAGUAGGCAUCAUAGAGGCUUUAUGUAGAAUGACCACAGAAAAACAAAGGCAAGAACUGGCGUGUCAGUGGUUUUCAAUGGAUUUUAUCGCUAAUGCCUUUAAAGGAAUUAAAGACUCUGAAUUUGAAACAGAUUGCAGGAUAUUUCUCAACCUUGUAAAUGGCAUGCUUGGAGAUAAGAGAAGGGUCUUUACAUUUCCUUGUUUAUCAGCAUUUCUUGAUAAAUAUGAGCUACAAAUACCAUCAGACGAAAAACUUGAGGAAUUUUGGAUUGAUUUUAAUCUUGGUAGCCAGACUCUAUCAUUCUACAUUGCUGGAGAAAAUGAUGAUCAUCAGUGGGAAGCAGUCACUGUGCCUGAGGAAAAAGUACAAAUAUACAGCAUUGAAGUGAAAGAGUCGAAGAAACUGUUGACCAUAAUUCUGAAAAAGAUAAUGAAAAUUAGCAAAAAAGAAGGGAAAGAAUUGCUUUUGUAUUUUGAUGCAUCGUUAGAAAUCACUAAAGUGGCUCAAAAAAUUUUUGGUGCAAAUAAGUAUAGGGAAUUUACCAGAAAACAAAGUAUUUCAGUUGCCAAAACAUCUGUGCAUAUACUUUUUGAUGCAAGUGGAUCACAGAUUUUAGUGCCAGAGAGCCAAAUCUCGCCAGUCAAAGAAGAACUUGUUAGUUUAAAAGAAAAACCUAACUCCCCAAAGGAAUUUGCUAAACCUCUAAAAUGUAUCAAAAACAGCAAUCAAGGGGAUGGAAAAAAUAGUCAGCUCCAGAUAAUUACUCCUAGCAAAAGAAAAAUGUCUGAAGCAUCAAUGAUUGUUCCUGGUGCAGAUAGAUACACUGUGAGAAGCCCAAUACUAUUAAUCAACACAUCAGCACCACGAAGAGGAAAAAUUAAACCACCACUGCAAGUGAUGAGCUCUACAGAACAACCUUGUGUUUCUAAAACAUCAGAAAAUGGAGUGAAUGCUGUAUCACUUAAAUCUAGACCAGCUGAAGCAAGAAAUAAAGGAGAUAAUACAGAUGAACAUACCACAGCUGCUACAGUUGCAGAAAAGACAGAAAAUAAGAACACUGACUUCCCAAACCAAAAUUUUAAAGAGCUCCACAGUAUUGUUCCUGAUUCACAGGCAGUGGGAAAAACAAGUAAACCUCUAUUACCUGGUAUUUUAGACAACAUCUGUGAAACUAAAAUGCACUCCAAAUGGGCAUGUUGGACACCUGUAACAAAUAUUAAACUUUGUAAUAAUGAAAGAUCAAGUCCUUCAUCAGGAGACACAUUUAAUCAAGAUGUUGUUAUCAACAAAAAACAAAAGUCAUCCUCUUCAAUAUCUGAUGAUAAUUCUGAAGAACCAGGAAAGAUGCAAUAUAAAAAAGAUAUAAUGGAGCAUAAAGUAGAUAAAGCAGAAGCAGAAGCUUGCAAAAGAAACAAUCGACAACAACUAAAUCAUCCUAAACAUCUGGAGCAGAAAAAUAUUGAAAAUAACAACCAGAGUGAUUGGCAUAUUGCAUCUGAGACUACUUUUAAAUCAGUUCUCCUAAAUAAGACAGUUGAAGAAUCUCUGAUCUAUGGGAAGAAAUACAUAUUGUCAAAGGAUGUGAAUACUGCUGUUUGUGAUAAAAGCCCUUCUCCUGGAAAACAUGUAAAAAAUAAUAGAAAAUCAGUGAAAGGAUUGACUUCUGAACUUAACUCCUGGGAUUUGAAGCCCAAAAAAAUGAGAGAAAAGUCAAAAGGGAAAGGAUUUACUGAUGCAGCAGAUGCCUUGAUAAGCCAAAUUAAUAAGAGAUAUAAACCAAAGGAUGACAUGAAGUCUACAAGAAAGUUAAAGGAAUCUUUGAUUGACAGUGGUUUUUCAAACACAUCUGAUCUACGUCUCAGUAAGGAAAAGGUUCAGAAAAAAAGUUUUAGACAACUGAAGACUACUUUUGUUAAUGUUACCUCUGAAGGCCCAUUGAAUGAUGUUUACAACUUUAAUUUGAAUGGAGCUGAUGAACCUAUUAUAAAACUUGGAGUCCAAGAAUUUCAAGCCUCAUCUACUGAAGCCUGUGUGGAUAAUUCUAUAAAAUUGGUAGGCUUAAGGAAUCAUGAUGACCUUGAACCAUCUCUCAAAACAAAAGAUAAAAGAAUUAUAACAGAUAAUAAAAAGAAGCAUCUAUUUAGUGAUACUGACACAGAAUACAGAUGUGAUGACAGCAAGACUGAUAUUAGCUGGUUAAGAGAACCAAAAUCAAAGCCACAGCUAAUAGACUAUAGCAGAAAUAAAAAUGCGAGGAAACAAAAAAGUGGGAAAUCAAGAAUAUCCUUGGAAAGGGAGCAACCAAGAUCUAAAAUGAUACCCAACAAAAACAUCACCAAAAAGGUAGAUGAGACAGUUCCAGAUGGGAGAACCAGACUUCCACGAAGAGUGGCAAUAACCAAAAAAAAUUACAAAGAUCUCUCAAAUUCCGAAUCAGAGAGUGAACAAGAAUUUUCACAUUCAUUUAAAGAGAAAUUGCUAGUAAAGGAGGAAAGUAUCCAUUCCAGAAGUAAAACCAUGACGCUGCCAAAGAAACAACAGGAUGCCUUCCCUGCUGAAACACAAAAGGAAAUACCAAAAGAAUGGAAAAACUCAUCUCUACUAAAAGAUAGUAUAAGAGACAAUAACCUUGACUUAUUCCCUAUAUCUUUAUCUGGGAGUCCAUCAUCUAUAGAAGUAAUGAGAUGUAUAGAGAAAAUAACAGAAAGGGAUUUUACUCCAGAUUAUGACUGUAUAACAAAAUCCAUAUCACCUGAUCCAAAAAAUUCAUCAUUCGAAUCCUUAAAUAGUAAAUAUGGAGGUGGAGGCCCAGUACAGUCACCUAAAACCAGUGAGAAAAAUUUAGUCUUUGCAAGAGAAAGUUGCUCACCGAUUCCACAUCCAUUGUUUUUGCCCAAGCAGACUCCAGUCACUAAGAAUAAUACUGUUGAGAAUAGAAAAAAUAUAAAUUCUAUAGUACUUGUACAAGAGACACAAAACUGCAACAACUAUUCAGAUGUAAGCAGUUAUAGUUCAGAAAAACAGCUUAUGGAAAUUGAACCUUCAAAUAUCAGUGAAAAUCAGAUACAAAGUAAAAGAGAGGAAAGCCAUUCAGCAUCUCCAUUAUCCAUGUCUAGUGAAGGAAGAGAGAAAAUACGGUGUAACAUGUCCUGUGAUGCAACUCAUGUAUCAGGUCCAACUCGGCAUCCUAAUCGCAAACGGAUGUAUAUAGAAGAUAAUUUAAGUAAUUCUGAUGAAGUAGAAACAGAAGAUGAUGAAGAAAGAAGAGCCAUCUUGCUUCCAAGAAAACUAUCUAAAAUUGAAAAUGCAGAUUAUCACACCUACAAAAUGUUUGAAAGUAUAACUACAUUUUCAACAAAUGACUUUUAUAUUCCCGGGGAGCACUGGGAAACUCAGUGUUCAGGUGUGGGGAUGAUGUGUGAGAAACUUAAUAAAGAAUUUAAGAGGAAAAUUCAGAGCCACCACAAAAGAAUGGAUUAUUUUACUAAGGAGAAUUGGAAAUCAACUCAACAACAUAUGAAAACACUGAACCAUCAAAUUCAGGAAUAUAGGAUCAAAAAACUUGAUAAAUUCCAAUUCUGCCUCAUAGAAGAACUGGAGAAUUUUGAAAAAGAUUCACAGUCUUUAAUAAAUUUGGAGAAGGAAUUUGUGGACUUUUGGGAAAAGAUAUUUCAGAAGUUCAGUGCUUAUCAAAAAAGUGAACAGCAGAGGCUUCAUAUUUUGAAAACUUCAUUCGAUAAAACUGUCUUGCACAACACUGAUGAUGAAGAAAAUAUUUUUACAUCUGAGAUGUGCUUGAUGAAAGAAAACAUGAAAAGGCUACAAGACAGGCUUCUUAGGGACAUGCAAGAAGAGGAGCUUCUUAAUGUACGCAGAGGCCUGAUGUCAUUAUUCACGUCUGAAAGUAAUUAGAUAAUGUGUGAAAUCCAGUUAUUCUUUUUUAACUAUUACUGAGAAAAUACCAGAAUAACCUUACAAAGAGAAAAAUACAUGUCACUGAGCACAUAUACCUUUGCAGGAAUCUCAGAAUUCAAGGAAAUUUAAUCUUAUGGAUAAGGAAAAAAUAUAUGGCUCCAAGCCCAAAAGACUUUCAUCAACAGUCAUCAACAGAAUACUACACUUUUUCUAGAAAGAAAGUUUUGAAAAACGAAAUGGUAAAAGGAAUUGGCUUAUUUUUUAUUAAUAUAUUAAUAUUACUGAGUACACUCAAAAAACUAGUUUCUUUCAUGAAUUGGAAUGUAUUAGAUAAAAUAUAUUUUAAAUGAAUAUAAUUUUGUAUUU